ACAAGCCUGGCACUCUGCUCUCUGUGAGCACACUUCUUUUCAAACCGUCUCUCGGGAGUCUGGGAAAAAGACCUGAACACUGCCUAAAUCUGCUGCGCCUUAGCAGCUUUUUGUCUUCCAUCAACUGUUUUGGUUUUUGGUGGAAGAAUAGAGUAACAAGAAUAAGACAGUCUUCAAAUUCCAAAGCUGCAUUUCUCCCAAGAUGGCACCUGUAAAAUUUUGGGUGGUAGGUCUCCUGCUUAUGCUGCUGUGCUCAUCCCAGGUCCCUUUCUCUGUUAUUGUAAGUGCCCAAGACUUGAACGAACUGGAGGAAAGCCUCCAUGAUAGAAAUGCUAAGGAGGCUGAAGAAAGUGAAACGGCUGAGGUUGGUGAGGGGAAUGAAGAAAAAGAUGAAGACUCAGAUGAUGAUGAUGAUGAGGUAGAGACUGAUGAAAAGGUGGAAGAAGAACAGGAGGAUGAGAAGGAGACAGCAGAGGAGGAAGAUGACAAUGCUGAUAAUGAGGAAGAAGAUAAUUCUCAGGAGAACGGGGAUGUUGAGAAGGAAGAAGAAGGUGAGGCUUCAGAUGAGGAUGAUGCAGAAAAGGAAGAAUAUGAAGCAGAGGAGGAUGAAGAAGGUGAGGCUUCAGAUGAGGAUGAUGCAGAAAAGAAAGAAUAUGAAGAAGAAUAUGAAGCAGAGGAGGAUGAAGAAGGUGAGGCUUCAGAUGAGGAUGAUGCAGAAGAGGUAGAAUCUGAAGAAGAAUAUGCAGCAGAGGAGGAUGAAGAAGGUGAGGCUUCAGAUGAGGAUGAUGCAGAAAAGGAAAAAUAUGAAGCAGAGGAGGAUGAAGAAGGUGAGGCUUCAGAUGAGGAUGAUGCAGAAGAGGUAGAAUCUGAAGAAGAAUAUGCAGCAGAGGAGGAUGAAGAGGAAGAGGUGGAGGCAGAUGCAGAUGAGGAGGAGGAAGUCCCAGCUAAUAAUGAGGAAGACGAUGAGAAGGAAGCAAGGCAAGAGGGUGAUGAUGAAGAAACUCAAGGAGAGGAUGUAGAUGAGGAUGACUCUGAAGAUGAAGAUGAUGAGUCUGAAGGUAAAGACACAAAGGACAACCAAGGUGACUCAAAUGAAGAGGAGGGAGCUGCUGACACUCCACAGUUCCACUCUGGAUCGUUGUGUAGUGUUUGCUCCAUUUGUGAGCAUUGCUCUAAUAACUGUGCCAAGUGCCCGUGUGAGGAAGGAGAUGAGUCUGAUCACUGUGAGCACUGCCAAGGUUGUUCAACCUGCUACAUUUGUCCCAUUCUUUGUGACACAGUUUGCACACCGGGUGGUUUUGUUGAUGAGCUGACUGGAUCCCUCUUUCAGACUGUUGCCUCUCUGCUCUGAGCUCCCUGGGAAUUAUGUCCGUUUGCUUUAAUGUGGAACUGCUCACCAGACUUCACCACAUCCCACACAAGCUUUUUAUGAAUUUUGCAAACAAAAGCAAAGACAUAUUUAUGAUUUAAAUGAUACUUAAUUCUUUGUUGUGAGAAGAACAGAAAAAAGUCAGUGUGCACAAUUUUUCCACACAUGAUUUCUUCUUUCACUCUUUCCCCCCACUUUUUUUUGUCUUUUUAUUAUUUCUACCAAAGUCCCAAAAUUUGAUAAAGUCAUCUUUUUACUUAUGCCAAAGACAUUAUGUGAUUGUAAGGUUUUGGAGUUUUUCUAACUGUAGGUUUAGGAAUUUAGGGAAUUAUUCUUUUUUAUUGUGAGAAAGGGCACAAUUUGACAUUUAGCUUCACAUUUACAUACCAAAUUGAAAAACAAAAAUAACUGUUCUGGUUUCAGAAAUCCAGCUGGAUCUAGAGACACAGUUUGUGCAUGGUGUUAAUGGAACGCACACACAGACACACAUGCAGGUAUGCACACAGACAUAUAGGAGCUUGUCAUGAAUCAUGCAGACAAAAAAGAUAUAUAAUAUAUACAUUACCAGUCAAACAUUUGGACACACCUUCUCAUUUAAUGUUUUUUCUUUAUAUUCAUGACUAUUUAUAUUGUAGAUUGUCACUGAAGGCAUCAAAACUAUAAAGGAACACAUGGAAUCAUGAAGUAAACCAAGAAAUGUGAAAUAACUCAAAACAUGUUUUAUGUUUUAGGUUCUUCAAAACAGCCAUGAUUUGCUUUGAUCACUGCUUUGCAUAUUCCUGGCAUUCUCUCGAUGAGCUUCAUGAGGUCGUCACCUGAAAUGGUGUUCCAACAGUCUUGAAGGAGUUCCCAGAGAUGCUGAGCACUUGUUGGCCCUUUUGCCUUCACUCUAUGGGAGUGGGACCAAAGAGCUCAAAUUUGGACUCAUCAGACCAAAGCACAGAUUUCCAAUGGUCAAAUGUCCAUUCCUUGUGUUUCUUGGCCCAAACAAAUCUCCCCUGCUUGUUGCUUUUCCUUAGAAGUGAUUUCUCAGCAGCUGUUUGAUUCGCGCAGUCUGCUCUGAACAGUAGAUGUAGAGAUUUGUCUGCUACUGGAACUCUGUGUGGUAUUUAUCUUGGCUCUAACCUGAGGUGCUGUUAACUUGCAAUUUCUGAGGCUGGUGACUCGAAUGAAUGUAUACUCAGCAGGAUAGAGGACUCUUGGUCUUCCUUUCACGGGCCGUUUCUCAUGUGAGCCAAUUUCGUCGUAGCACUUGAUUGAUUUUACAAUUACACUUGGGGAUACAUUCAAAGUUUUCUUGACUGACUGACCUUCAGUUGUUAAAGUAAUGAUGGACUGUUGUUUGUCUUUACUUAGCUGAUUGUUUCCUGCCAUAAUUUGAAUUCUAACAGUUGUCCAAUAGAGCUGUCAGCUUUGUACCAACCUGACUCCUGCGCAACACAACUGAUGGUCCCAAUCUCAUCAAGAAGGCAAGAAUUUCCCCAAAUGAAGCCUGACAAGGCACAGCUGUGAAGUCAAACCAUUUCAGGUGACUUCAUCAUGAAGCUCAUUAAGAGAAUGCCAACGGUUUGCAGCGCUAUCAACAAAGAAAAGGGUGGCUGCUUUCAGGAAUCUAAAAUAAAGGCAUAUUUAGAGUUGUAUUUUUUUCUUUGCAACAUAAUUCCAUAUAUCAUGCUUUAUAUACUUGAUAGGAAUAUGUGUGACUGCACUAGAGGAAAAAAGGACCAUGAACAUUAUGACAAAUUGCAAUUUCUCAUGUUGUGUCCUUUUUGAGUUCUUGUGCUUGCUUCCUGUUAGAGUACAAUUUAAUGCAAAACACUGUAAAAAGAACUGUUUUGCCAUUAUCCAAUAAAACAUUUAGUUCUUUUAAUAAAAAUGUGUUUAGCAUGGUUGCUUUUUGCAUCAUCUGUAUCCUUUAGCUUCUGCAAUUUAACUGUUACAGUCUCUAAAUGGUUCACAAUAAAUUGGGUUCAGAAACGGAA